GCGGGUUUCUGGUUUGGGCUGGCAAAGAUAACGUGCACAACCCCCGCCCCAGACUCUCGCCCAGUUUCUGCGAUCUACACAGCAGCGCUUGAGGCCGGCCCCAAAAAGCAUCAGGAUGGCCGAGGAAAAGGGUGAAAAACUAGAGCUGGAAGAAACUGCAUUCGAAGAAAUCGAAAAAGAUUUUCAAAUGGUUCUCAGUGAACUUUCAGGCGACAAAAGUCUGGAAAAAUUUAGAAUUGAAUAUGAGAAGCUUCACACCGUUAUGAAAAAGUCUUAUGACAAUGAAAAGCGUCUGAUGGCCAAAUGCAGAGAGCUGAAUGCAGAGAUUGUGGUUAAUUCCGCUAAGGUCGCCACCGCCCUGAAGCUGUCUCAGGAUGAUCAGACCACCAUCGCAUCCCUGAAGAAGGAAAUUGAAAAGGCCUGGAAGAUGGUGGACUCGGCCUAUGAUAAGGAGCAGAAAGCCAAGGAGACGAUUCUUGCCCUGAAAGAGGAAAUAGUAAACUUGACCAAGCUAGUCGAGCAAGGGUCUGGACUGUCACUGAACCAGGAUAGCAAUAUCCGAGAUUUACUGAAGUUCAAGGAAGAAGUGACCAAGGAGCGGGAUCAGCUCCUGUCAGAAGUGGUAAAAUUACGAGAGUCCUUAGCUCACACCACCGAGCAGCAGCAGGAGACAGAGCGAGUGAAGGAGGAGGCAGAGCAGACCAUCAGCCAGUUCCAACAAGAAAUCCAGCAUCGCCAGAAUGAGGCUUCGCGGGAGUCUCGGAAGAAGGAGAAACUGGAGAAGGAGCUCAAGCAGAUCCAGACGGACAUGGACACCAGGCAGACAGAGAUCAAGGCGCUGCAGCAGUAUGUGCAGAAGAGCAAGGAGGAGCUGCAGCGGCUGGAGCAGCAGCUCAAGGAGCAGAAGAUACUGAAUGAGAGAGCUGCAAAGGAACUCGAGCAAUUCCAGAUGAGAAAUUCUAAACUUCAGCAAGAGAAUGAGCAGCACAGUUUGGUUUGUGAGCAGCUGUCCCAGGAAAACCAGCAGAAGGCCCUGGAGCUCAAAGCCAAAGAGGAGGAGGUCCAUCAGAUGCGUCUUGACAUUGGGAAGCUCAACAAAAUUAGAGAACAAAUCCACAAGAAAUUGCAUCAGAUCGAAGAUCAAAAGGCAGAGGUGGAGCAGCACAAGGAAACCCUAAAGAAUCAGAUCUUGGGAUUAGAGAGAGAGGUGGAGACUUCGAAGAAACAAGCAGAACUUGAUAAGAAAGCAAUGGAUGAGCUUCUGAGAGAGAGGGACAUACUAAAUAAGAAUAUGCUCAAGGCCAUUAACGCGACCCAGAAGCAGGUAGACCUGGUAAAGCUCCAUGAACAAACCAAGCGGAAUCUGGAGGAAGAAAUCCAGAACUACAAGGAGGAGGCCCAGAAGCAGAGGAAGAUCAUCUUUCAGCUGGAGAAGGAGCGCGACCGGUACAUCAACGAAGCCAGUGACUUCACCCAGAAGCUCCUUGUGAACAUGGAAGAUAUAAAAGUUCGUGAAAUGCAGAUUUUUCACUACAAGAAAAAGAUUGCUGAAUCGGAGACUAAAUUAAAACAUCAACAGAACCUGUAUGAAGCUGUAAGGUCUGACAGGAACCUGUGUAGCAAAAAUCUGGUUGAGGCGCAGGACGAGAUUACAGAAAUGAAGAGAAAGUUAAAGAUUAUGACCCAUCAAGUAGAUCAGCUGAAAGAAGAGAUCUCUGCCAAAGAGUCUGCACUGGUGAAGCUGAAUUUGGAGCAGCAGCGAAUAGAAAAGGAAAAGGAAACCCUGAAGGCUGAGCUGCAGAAGCUGAGGCAACAAGCCUUGGAGACCAAGCACUUCAUUGAAAAACAAGAGGCAGAAGAGAGGAAGCUCCUGCGAAUCAUUGCGGAAGCUGACGGGGAGAGGUUGAGGCAGAAGAAGGAAUUAGAUCAGGUCAUCAGCGAAAGAGACAUCCUGGGGUCUCAACUUGUUCGGCGCAACGACGAGUUAGCUUUGCUCUACGAGAAGAUCAAGAUCCAGCAGUCUGUGCUGAACAAAGGCGAGAGCCAGUACAACCAGAGGCUGGAGGACAUGAGGAUCCUCAAGCUGGAGAUCAAGAAGCUGCGCCGGGAAAAGGGGAUUCUCGCCAAGAGUGUGGCUAAUGUGGAGGAACUCAGGCAGGAGCUUUUUCACAUGCAGAGAGAGUUCCUGAAGGAGAGGACCCGAUGCCGAGCCCUGGAGGAGGAACUGGAGAACCCCAUGAAUGUGCACCGGUGGAGGAAGCUUGAGGCCAGUGACCCCAGUUCCUUUGAGCUGAUACAGAAAAUCCACGCCCUGCAGAAGCGGCUCAUCAGCAAGACGGAGGAGGUGGUAGAGAAAGAGCUGCUCCUUCAGGAAAAGGAGAAACUGUACGUGGAACUGAAGCACAUUAUGGCGCGGCAGCCUGGCCCCGAGGCUGCGGAACAGCUGCAGAUCUAUCGGCACACCCUGCGGGAGAAGACCAAGCAGUUGAAGGUUUUGUCUUCAGAACUGAAUAUGUACGAAUCACAGAGCCAAGAAUAUAAGUAUGAGAUUGAGAAACUCGGCAAUGAGCUGAUGAAUGUGAAGAAGAAAUACCUGGCUCAGAAACGCAAAGAACUUGUUCAGAAGGACAGAGACAAAAUACCCAUAGAUAACACCUUCUUGAUCGCCAAACCCCCCGGCCCUCGUUUUAUUGGGGGUGGAUUUCCCCUCACCAAGACACCCAGAAUGAUGUCCUAACGUCAAGCUUCUGCCUGGGUCCAGUUCAACAGCUCACAAAAGGAAAUUUGCACUGGAACGUUUCAAUGGAAGCUCUUUUAUAACCUUUGGAUCAUAAAUAUCUAGGAAAAUCAGGUGCCCAGAUUCCAGGAUGGAAAGAAAUGCAGAACAUGCUCAUAUACACACAAGAGUGAUACCAUUUUACCUGGACCAUGUGGACUUCAACAGAUUAGAAUUAUAAUUCUCUCUAUUCAAUUAGGCUGAUUCACUGAAGGAAGCAGAUUUUUUUGUUACAACCACAUCAGUUGAUUUGAAAUGAACCAGAUGUAGAUACUCCAUACGGAUGAAGCUUUGGAUCUUACUUUCUCUAUUAUAGAUAUUUAUGCACUUGAAGGUUUUAUAUUUAAAAUAUUUUUGAUAUGCAGUGCAUCUCCUCUCUUCUUAUUAAUAAGAAUCAAUUUUAAUUAUUCCUCAUUAAUGAGUCAUUGUGUGAGAUAAGAAAGAAGGACAAGCUCUGAAACACAUAAAGCGUUUUGAGAAUGAUUUCUAUGUGGAAUAUCUUUUUAGGCCUGGGGUAGGAAAAUCUAUUCCAAAGAGAUACACCAAUAAAUUCUUUAUCGUAGAAAUUAAGAGAACUGUUGCAGAGAUUUUGAUCUUUGCUUGAGUAGAAUCCGUCAUUAAAAUUUGAAAUUACUCUGAGAAAUAUUUACAGGAAAGGCUUGAUUCAGAAGAGCCAGGACUGUGAAUUGAAGGACCUGGGCUGGCAUCUUCUGUAGACCUCACAAUUGAGAAGGUGAUAACUUAGCGCAGGGAUCCCUUCGCCCCUGGGUGGCCAGCCAGCAUUUUGAGCCAUUGAAUCCAUUGUCUUUUCUUUAUAUUGUAGCCACAAUUAUUUGGGCAUCGGUUCAGUUUCUUCAUGAAGAGUGUUCAUUCAGUAAUGUUACGUGAGGACCCUGUGGCCAUCUCUCUCACAAUACCUCAAUCUCUGUAAAUUAUUAAAUUAUUGAACAGCAAGUAGCUCAGGACUGAGCAAGACUAAUAUAAGUGGAUCAUUAGAACAUUGUGUUUGUACAAGGGGUCAUGGUUCCCAGUGUGAAGAACCAUAAUGUCAGGGAGCCAUGACCUUUGUCAGACUGUUCAGGAAGGGAGCCCCUGGCGGGAACUUCUGGGGGUCCAGCAGCCCCUUCAGCCCACCAAGGCCAGUGUCCCCUCUCAGGUGGCCUUCUCCAGAAGCAGGCUAAAGACAGGGAUGGCCAUGCAAGCAAUUUCUUAGGAAAGGAUCCCAGAAAAGCCAGUAAGAGAGUGCAGAAGGGAGAUGCACAUGGGAGGGAGGCCAAGCAAGGACGGGAUGUAGAAUCAAGUUCCACGAGGGCAGACUGGCUCCGUCUUGCGGGGGAGCUCUGGAGCUAAGGUUAGCACAGUUCAGAAUUCCCGUCAGGGCUGCAGUGAGAUGUUUUCAGCGCCACGCUGUUAGUCACGGCGGAGAACUGCUCUAGAGAGGCCCUCUGACCCUCCCUGGCUUCAAGUGCAGCAGCCCCUGGUAACCGGAGCAUUAGUAGCACUGGGAGAGCGAGCUCACGGCAUGGGCUGCUGAAGUGGAGAUGGAUAAGGGAUCCAGUGUGAGUGAGGUGGGCAGUGUCCUCCUCCCCUGCUUCCCUCAGAUGGGCUCAGGAAGAGAGCUCUGAGGACAGGAAGCAGCACGGCUACCCUGGGGGGAGGUGUGAUCGUCAGAUCUCUGGGCAGCACGCAGGGAUGUGGAGGCUGCACAGGUUCCCUGGAGAAUUUGCUUUCAACCCAAAGACUCCAAAGGGAGCAUUUCUGGCAUCUCCCCUCAGAGCCAGUCGUAGCCUGGUGAGGCGAGAGACACAGUGCUGGAGACUUUCCCACCCACCUGAAGAUGUUCUGACUACAGCUGCAGCCGUCUGCGUUUGCAGUCCUGGAGUGGCUUCCCAAGAGACUCCCUUGUGUAGGUGAGCCAAGCUGUGCUUCCUCCUCUCUCAGCGUGGCAGAGACUUGGAGACAAUGGCUGGGUUCAGAGUCUGAUUUAUUAUCACAAUGGCUUGCUUUGAAGAUUGGCCGAGUUAGAGCAAUGGGAGGCACAUAGUGAUAGUCCAUCAACAUCUGCCGUUGUUAUUAUUACAUAAGAGAUGCCUGACGCUCUGGAAUUAGAGAAGAAAGCUGUUAUGUAAUGCUUGCUGAUGAUAAAGGUGAUCGUGAUCCUCCUUGAGAGGGUGGAAGACAUUAAAAUGUCCCGAUGGAGCUGGAUUUGGUCAUUUACAACUGAGCAUCUUGUACACUGUGUGCCUUAUGAACGUAUCUAUUUCUUGUAAUUAUGCUCCGAGGACAAAGUGGCCCUUCACCUUGAGAAAUCAGAUGAUCAGUCUUCGUGUAGUCAUCAGGCAGAAGACCCCAGUGGCCCCUGCUGACCUCCCUUCUGUUUCUCUUCAUGGCCCAGAGCAGGGUGUUCAGGCCCUGCCGCAGACCGGGUCCCCCAGCCCACGUGGAAGCCGGCUGCAGGAGCUGGCGGGCAGCCCCAUCAGACGCAGUCCCCGCGCUUGAGCGGAGGAGCGGGGCGUGGAAGCUGGGGCAGCUGCUGCCCUCCCUCCACCUCUUCUUCGCUGCCCACCCUAGCAGCCCAGCGUGUUAAAAGCAAUACCUGUCCCCUUGUCCCCCAGCUGCUGCACAGGAAGGAGCUGUUAAAAACACUGAGAUCUGCAAAUCAUUAAAGACAGCUGUGAACUCACAGUGGGCUGAGGUGCUUUUAAAAUCACAACCUUCAACUUCAUUGUAAAGCAGCAUUAGGAGAUUAUACAGUAGCAUAAUUUGACACCGGGGGUUUCAGAGUUUCGGAAGGGAGUCCUGUGCUAAGGCAUGCCUUGACUCCCACCCAGGCGGAUGGGGAGCUGGUGCGGCUUCUCUAUUAACAGAGAGAAGCAUGAUCAAGGGGACUCCUUGGUCAUUAUUUGCUGAUCGUAGCUUCUCAGUGCCUGCUCUUACAGCGGGGUUUUUAUUGUGCUUCCCUCUGAAGAGUCGCUGGGAGCAAAGGUCUGUGACUGUGAUAAGCCACUGAGAUCCUGGUGGCUGUGGAGGAAGACAUGGCAGCAAUUCUUCUUGCCAUUGCUGUAAUUUUGCUAUAAAUUUUUACCCAGGGCUGAUAAUUAUCAUUUGAUUUCCCAACUUGCUUGGGCAGACUCUGAAGUUUGACCUAGGAAAACUUGAUACCCAUAGCAAAAUACUGCAUAUAAUGCAAUUUGAGUGGGAUGGCAUUUCAGAGGCAGGAUAGUUUGCAAAAAAAGAUAUUAUCCCUUAACCAUAAUCCAUUUUAUGGAGAUCUACUUAGGCUAGAAGCAAAUGGAGGAUAUUUUUAAAUAUUAAAAUUGUAAAAUAACUUAAAAUAUAGCUCACCAUUUUCAUUAUAGUAGAUAGAAAAUAUUUUUAUAGCAUUAUCCAUUUUUAACUUCUAAUUCAAUGCUGUUUUAGUGUACCAUUUCUCAUAUCUAUUAUUUAAAAGUUCCAUUAGGAUUUUGAGAUCCAUUAGAAUUUUAUAACAGUAGGAAAUGUGGUAUCAACAGGGUACCAUUCUUUUUUUAUAAUUAAAAUAGAUUUUUCUUAUUUUAAAGUACCUGAUUGUUACAGAAAAUUAGAAAAUACAGAUAAGGAAAAAGAAGAAGAAGAUCGGGAAUCCUACUACCCACCCAGAACUACAGCCAGUUUUCCUGGGCUGACCUCCAUCCCCUGCACAUGGGUUUCCUGUAUAGUUGCUAACACCCACUAUUUCCUCUCAUUGACCCACCUUUGUGCUUCCUAAUUGUUAAAUAUUUUGAAUGUGACUCUUGAAAUACUACUGUUUUGUACUUUUGGGUGUAUCUUUCUGGACUUUUAAAAGAAGUAUACACAUGUAUAUAGAUGUACAGUUUGUAAGUUUUGAAAAAUGCUUAUGCCCAAGUAACUGCUUCCACAGUCACCUCCGCCAUAUUCUUUUUGCCACCUGGAAAGUCAGUAUCCCAGUCCCCAUCCAGUGGAAGCAACCAUGGAUCCGUUUUUUCAUCAUUCUCCUUUAGUUUCCUCUUUCCUGGAAUUUCAUAAAAAUGAAAUCAUACACUAUGUUCUUUUGUGCCUGACCUUUUUCUUGGUGCUUUUUGAGAUUCCCCCGUGUUGUUGUGUGUAUUAAUAAUUCAUUCACGUUUAUUGCAAAGCAACAUUCUAUUAUUGUAUAUGGAAAUAAAGCAAUUUAUUUAUUGUGCUAGUUGAUGGGAAUCCAAGCCAUUUCAAAGUUUGAGCUAUUAUGAACAAUCAUAUAAAAUUGGACCUGUGUUACUGUUUUUCUUAGUAAAUACCAAGGAAAAGAAUCACUACAUCAAAAGGAAUGUGCACAUUUAUCUGGAUAAAAAAGUGCCAAACUGUUUUCCCAAUCAUAUGAUUUUACAAUUCUACUAACAAUGUACAAACUCCAGUUGUAGGUCAUUGUUGAUACUGGGUACUGUCAACAUUUUUGAAGCCAUUCUGUUUGCUAGUGAUCUCCCAAUGAGGUUUACAUUUGCAUGCCCUCAUGACUAAUAUGAGUAAGCAUCUUUUUGUGUGAGUUUGGUCAUUCCUGAGUCUUGUUUUGUGAAGCACCUUCAAAUCUUUGUCUUAUUAUUGGGUUGUAAAAGUCCUCUGUGUAGUCUAGAUACAAAACCUUUGUCUUAUGUACAGCAAACAUUUUUCUCAGCCUGUAUCUUAGCUUUUCACUUUCUCAACAGUGUAUUUUGAAAAGCAGAUAUUUUAACUUGUAAUAAGGUCUAAUUCAGCCUUAUUUUUCUUAUGGGGUUUGUAGCUUUCUAGUCCUAAGUAAUUGUUGCCUACUCUAAGAUAGCAGUGAUUUUUUGUUUCUCUUGGUUUAUAGUUUUCUCCAGGGGUUUAUUAUGAUUCUUGGUUUUUAUGUUUAUGUUAACGAUGCAUUUUAGUGUUAAUUUUAGGUAUGAUGUGAGAUUAGAGUAGAAGUUCAAUUUUAAAAAUUUACUAAAUUAAAAAGUACACUGCAUUUUUGUUGACUAUUGUCGCUCUAUUAUGCAACAGAUUUUAAAAUUGAAACUUUGUACCCUUUGAUCAACACCUUCCCAUGUCCCUCCCCCGCCUCCCCAGCCCUUGAUUAAACUACCGUUCUACAUA